GAAACACAGUAUAAUCAACAUUCUCCCCCAGUCCCUCUCCUUUUACAACUACCUCCAACCCCCGCAAAACCCUUCUCUCUCUCUCGCACAUUUCUUCUUCCGAGAGCAGCAGCAGCCAGCAAACCGAACAUGGCUGCUCCCAAAGCCCCCGUACGCUAUGUCGGCAUCGACCGACAAUCCGCCGCCUUCCGCCUCAUGAAGCAAAUGGGUUGGGAAGAAGGCGAAGGAAUUGGAAAAGACAAGCAAGGGAUCAAAGGUUACAUCAGAGUUGAAAACAAACAGGAUACUACUGGUAUUGGACUUGAGAAGCCUAAUCAAUGGGCAUUUGAUACCACUCAAUUCGACAACAUUCUAAAAAAAUUGAAAGUGGUGCAAUCAGCAGAGAUCAAUGUUGAAGCUAAAGAAGACGAUAAUGCAAGUACUGAGACUUCUGAAGCUGUUGAGACAGCGAAACCAGUAAAGGUUACUCGACCACAAGGAAGGUAUAAGAAGAGGGAAAGAGGAAAGUUAGUUCAAACCUACUCUGCUCAGGAUCUUGAAGGAAUACUUGUGAAGAAGAUUGAUAAACCAACAAUCCCCUCAGAAGAUGAAGAAUUAGAGACAAAGGUUUCUGAUGGUCUCCACUACGAAGCUGAAGUUAUGGAGAUUAUAGAAUAUCCACCAGAGUGGUGGGGCUAUAAAAAUGGUUUUGUUAUCGGGGGCUUUCUUGGAGCCAAAUCUAAAAAGAGGAAGGCUGCUGCUGAUGAGGCUUCUAUGUCUAACAAAAAGAUCGGUUUUCUUGAAGAAGAUCAAGAGAAUCUGUACAAUCUUUGCCAAGAUAAAAAAACAACUGGGAAACAAGGUCUUGGUAUGAAAGAUAGGCCUAGGAAAGUUGCUGGUGUUCACUUUGGAGGGAAAAAGACAACCUUUGGUGAUAGCGAUGAUGAAGAUUCUGCGAGUGCUGGUUCUGAAGAGGGAGAAGAACACGAUGAGAUGCCUGAAACUGACAGUGGUAAAGAGCCAAAAGUGAAGCUGAAAAAGUUGUGCCGCCAGUUGCUUCGUCAGGUGCCUGGUAAAAAUUUGAAGCUCAAAGAGCUGAAAUCCGCGAUAGAUCAACAUUCUGCUACAAUUUUCUCAAGUUUCUCUUCUAAAGCAGAUGCUCUUUCUUUUCUAAGACAAAAGCUCGAAGGAAAUUCAAAGUUUUGUGUGGCGGGAAAGAGAGUGACCUUAUCUUCGAAGAGAAGGUAAAAUUUUGCAGAUGUGUCGUGAAUGUAACGAUAUGUACAUUGCAGAUCAGAUGCAAAUCUUCUACUAUAGCCGUGCAAGCCUCGAAUACUACUGCAAAGCUGCAGUCGGCUGUGAGGUUAUAUUUAUUCUUAUUUUAAAGGUAUUGCUAAUAGGUGUUAGGCGUCAUGUUUUUCACAAAUGAGAAUGUAAUUCUUUUCGCGGGAAAGCAACCUAAUGAGCUUGUUUAUUUGUUUGUAUCAAAAUCAUAGCAUGCUUUCUGUACGAAGGAAUAAGGAUGUUUAUUGUAUCAGUUUCUACUUCGAGUAGUAUCAAUUUUGGCCUUUUGUUUUUUUGCUUU